AAGGAUGAGCUGAUUGCUCUUAAGAGAAACCAUGAGGAGGAAAUGAGGCAGCUGCAGUCUCAAACUGGUGGCGACGUGAGCGUGGAGGUCAACGCUGCCCCCGGCGAAGACUUGACAAAGACACUGAAUGACCUGAGAAACGAAUACGAGCAGGUCAUUGAGAAGAACCGCAGGGAGGUUGAGCAGUGGUAUGAAGUCAAGAUCGAAGAAGUCAAUCGGCAGGUCACCUCUAGCAGCCAGGACAUCCAGACCAGCAGCCACCAGCUCACUGAACUGAGACGUGAAAUUCAGAACCUGGAGAUCGAACUGCAGGCGCAGCUCAGCACGAAAAACUCUCUGGAAAACUCCCUGGCAGAAACCGAAUCUCGCUACGGCUGCCUGCUGCAACAAAUCCAAGGGCAGAUUAACUCUGUAGAGGAGGAGCUGGCCAGCAUCCGCUGU